AGCACACGUUCUCUCGAUACAACAAAAAAUAUCGUACAUUUUCCCGGUUUGGUUACUUAGUUUAAACUUUGUUCGUAUUAUUCGGUACUAAUCUCGAAUUGUAUUGGAUACUGGGGGAGAAUUCGAAUGAAUUUGGUUGGUUGUCUAUCCUCGCUAUCCGCUAUCCGCGCAAGGCAAUACCGGAAGCAUGCACGGUUUAAUGACUUUGUACACAAUCAGUCAUUGGAGUCCUGGAGGGAAGGUGAACCACCAGUUUUAUGCUAAAGAGGGAACAGAAGUUCGUCUUAAAAGACUACAACAUACAGAUUAUUAAUAGAAAGAAUCCACUGGGCUGCGUUUUAGUGUGAAAUAACAAAAAGCAUAUGAAGACUGCGCACCGAUUGUAGGCGGUCAUAGUGCGCAGAUUUUACUACUGCUUAGAAAAUGAGUGUUCUUCAGAAAAGUUUUCUCACAUUAACUCCGAUACGGCAUUGGAUGGUGGGCCUGACUGCAGCCAGACUCUGCAGUCAGAAGUCCAAGCCCGCAGUGGCAUCCAAGCUGCCCUACCGCGUAAAGCUGACCGGGGGUAAGCGCCACUCCUGGUGUGCGUGUGGCCACAGCAAGAAGCAGCCCUUCUGCGAUGGUGCCCACAAGAAGUUUGCCCCCGACCUCCCCCCUCUGCGCUUCGUCCCGGAGAAGGACACUACCGCCAUGCUGUGUGGUUGCAAGCGGACGGGCAGCCCCCCUUACUGCGACGGCACCCACUUCAAAGUCAUCUUCCGCUCCAUUAGAGAUUUUGUCCUGCCACGAAAGUCCUCCUGAAAGUAAAUGCCAUGUAAUUUAGCAAAUUAAAUAUGUUUGUUAAUAUAUACACACAUUGUAUCAUUCUUAUACAUUUAUUGACUAUAAAUUGUGCAAAUUGAUCAUAUUUCAGUG